UAGCACUCGGAUGUUGUGAAGAACAGACGCAGAAAGCUACAGCUAUGGCUCCAUCAACACAUCCUGCAGAGUUUGUGCAGCCGUGAAGUUGUAACUCAAUAAGAAGGGAGCCCAGCGCUGUGUUUCCAUGGCCGGCGGCUGAUGGGGGGAGCGAUGCGGCACCACUGGCUGCUCCUCGGGGCCUGCGGCUGGGUGCUGCUCAUCCUCAUGUUUGUCAGCAAGUUCAUCACCUUCAGAGCUGUGGAUGACUAUGGAGAGAGGGUUGGUGGUCAGAGCUGGACCGUGCCAGGCACCAAGAUGAUACGACCAGUUCCUGUUUCCAGUCUACAGAAAACAGCUCCAAAGCCAUCUGAUCAGUCCUCAGCGGUGCCCCCAGUGACAGGUUGGCAGUCGGAGGUUGAGAGGCGGAGCGAGCUGCUCUCCUCUGUGUGUAAGAACAGCAGUCUCAGGAAUCUGACUCACGUCUCCAUCAGCAAAUUCGUCCUGGACCGCAUCUUUGUCUGCGACAAGCGCAAGAUCCUGUUCUGCCAGACGCCUAAAGUGGGCAACACACAGUGGAAGAAGGUCCUCAUUGUGCUCAAUGGAGCAUUCCCCACCGUGGAGGAGAUCCCAGAAAACCUUGUCCAUGACCAUGAGAAGAACGGCCUGCCACGCCUAUCAUCACUCAAGCCACAGGAAAUUACUCACAGAUUAAGUACUUACUUCAAGUUUUUCAUCGUGAGAGACCCCUUUGAGCGGCUGAUCUCUGCGUUCAAAGACAAGUUUGUGAAGAACCCACGCUUCGAGCCUUGGUACAAGCAUGACAUCGCCCCGGCCAUCAUCCGGAAGUACCGCAAGAGCCACCGCGACAACGAGCUCUCCGCCUCCGGCCUGCACUUUGAGGACUUUGUCCGUUACCUGGGCGACGCAGACGGCCGCCACCGCAUGGACCGUCAGUUUGGUGAGCACAUUAUUCACUGGGUGACUUACGCAGAGUUGUGCGCGCCGUGCGAAAUACACUACAACGUGGUGGGCCACCAUGAGACACUGGAGCAAGACGCCCCUCACAUCCUCAAAGCAGCGGGCAUCGACCAGCUGGUGUCUUACCCCGCCAUCCCUCCAGGCAUCACACGCUACAACAGGACCAAGGUGGAGCGCUACUUCUCAGGCAUCAGUCAACGCGACAUCAGGCGUCUGUACGCACGUUACCAGGGAGACUUCAGCCUGUUUGGUUACCCGGGUCCAGACUUUCUACUGAACUGAAAUGAUUAACACUGACUAAAAGACAUGUUUGCAUAUAUCCUCCCAACAUCUUGAGACAGAGGUGUAUUGUAGCGGAUGAUGUGCCACUGGCAGACCUCAAAGGCUGGUAGGUGGCACACUGUAAUGUUUUUAUUUUAGGAAUGACUGACAGGUUGUGGCUGUAUUUGCAAUGAGGCAAAAGAAGCAGCAGGAUGUAUUGUUUUGUGCAGGAGGUAAGAAGUAGAUACAAAGAACAUACACAGGUACAGAACACAUGUUAUCUUAUAUUUAAUACUCAUGAAUGAUUUGUCCUCAUAUGUCAAAGAGAGGUACUCUGUAAUGCUGGGGAUACAGGCCCCCCGUUACCCUGUAAUGUAGCUACUAUAUACUGCACUGUUUGGAUCACCAGUUACAAUGGUGUAACUUGCUGUGUCUUUUCUGUACUUCUUGCUGGACAUAGGAGACGGUCUAUUUCAGGGACGCUAGCAUGUUUGGAAAAGGAGAGUAAACUGCAAAAAUAUAAUAGGAAGUUAUUGGACAUCUUUCAUUUCUGUUUUUAGGAGUUACGAAUUCCCAUUAACUAUUUUUGUAACCAUUGUUUUUUGCUUUAUGCAAGGCCUAUUAUUGCCUUGUGAUUCAGUUGAUCAGUCAUAGGAAGACCUUGGUCCCGCCCUCAUCCAUACUGUAGCCAUCGUUCUGCCUUUACUGAAACUGACAUGCUUCUGACUCCAUUUACUCAGCUGUUUACUGCACUGGAUUUAAAAGGAUCCGUUUUCUAUCAGAAUUGUACCGUGUAAAUGUUCUUAACAUGACUUGCAACUCAACAUUUGUAUUACAUGUUGCUAUUUAUAAUAUUAUUAACCUGACACCAACAGUGUCUAAAUUGUAACAGCGCUGUCUCCCUGCAUCCACCUGGUGACUUUUUGGACAGGCGGUCAUAAUACAAGGACAGCACUAGUUAGUAAUAAAGGUUGUAUUUAAAAAAUAA